GCAGCCCCCGCCGCGGGGCAUGCUGGGAGUGCCCUCGUCCCGACUAAGUGCCCGCGGUGCCGGCGGUGGGUAGCGAUGUGGUACGAGAUCCUGCCCGGCAUGGCCAUCAUGGGCGUGUGCCUCAGCAUCCCCGGGCUGUCCACCAUCUACAUGCACCGCUGGUGCAACGGCGGCAAGGAGAAGAGGGUCGCCCGCUACCCGUACCAAUGGACGCUGAUGGAGCGGGACCGCAGGCUGUCGGGGGUCAACAAGUACUACGUGUCCAAGGGGCUGGAGAACAUCGAUUAAGGCAGCGCACCUCAAAGAAGCCACGGAUCUGUAUACAACAAUCUAAGUCUCUAAUAAAGAUAUACAUGUAUUUAA